UCUCUUCGCACCCACCCAUUUUCUCGCGCACCCCCCAAACUUCCAAAAUUGCCCCUGCAAUGUUGACUUCGGGGACUACGACUCGAAUUUUUUUUGGUUCGGAAAACGUUUUCCGCUCGCUCUUUUUUCGGAAAACGUUUUCCGAACGACUGGGUUUUAUACCAGAACGUUACAGCUUUCUCUCAUUCACCUAAUCACUCCAUCUAAAACUCUCACCCAACAAAAAUUUUGUUUCCUUCGAAUUUUGGCUCAAAAUCAAGAUUGCAACCUUGCCUAGACGUUUCAAUACUCGUGGAGGCUCCAAAUCCAGAUAUGGAUGAUGAUCACGAGCUUCCAAAAAAGUCGAGGGAGGUUGUACUUGGCUUACGUAAACAAGAUCCGGUAGAAGAUGCCGAACCCAUCAACUGUGCAAUUCCAGUCAAAUAUGAAGCUACUGAGUGUGAAGCACCAGCUAUUCACAUUGAUACAAGUGAGCAUUUUGUGCCGGAAGAAACAUAUAAGGAUCGAGAUGAGUUGAUUAAGUGGGUUAAGGGUCAAGCUGAAAAGUUACAUUUUACAGUUGUAACUGUAAGAUCGGACCAAGGAUUGGUAAGUGGGAAGCCAAGUUUUGUGUUGGGUUGUGAAAGGGGAGGUGCGUACAGACCAUCGAACUACAAGGCAAAGAAAAAGGUAUCAAUCGAAGAGAGGGGAUCGAGGAAAAUUGGUUGUCCGUUUAGACUCCGUGGUUAUUUGCCGAAAUCAAAGGAGUGGAAUCUUACAAUUGUGUCCGGCAUUCACAACCAUGUGUUGGAUAAAGCUUUAGAAGGUCACCUAGUUGCGGGGCGUUUGAAACCCGAAGAGAAGGAGAUGGUUGUCGAAAUGACCGGAAAUCAAAUCCCACCUAGAAACAUCAUGUCUACAUUGAAAAAGAGAAAUCCAGAUAGUGCGACAAGCAUCAAGCAAUUGUACAAUGCCAAGCAUAGAUUGAAACUUGCAGCUCGGGGGCCAAGGAGUGAAAUGCAACAACUUUUGAAAUGUUUGGAGGAAAACAACUAUUAUUUCGAAGUUCGAACAGUUGGUGAGUCUGAUACUAUUCAAGACCUUUUUUUUGCACAUCGUAAAUCUAUCGAACUGUUCAAUACUUUUAGCGAUGUUUUGCUUAUGGAUUCCACAUAUAAAACCAACCGGUACAAAAUGCCAUUGUUUGAGAUUGUUGGCUGCACAUCGACUAAUAAGACAUUUGGACUUGGUUUUGCUUUUCUAAGUAAUGAAAAACAUGACAAUUUUGUUUGGGCUCUACAACAAGUGCAGCAACUUUUAGUGGACGAAAACAGUGCACCGAAGGUUAUUGUGACUGACCGGGAUGCCGCAUUGAUGAGUGCUAUUCCCGAUGUGCAGCGUGCUUUGUAA